CGACUCCUGAAGAGACACGGGCGCCUGUCAUCCGUUAACCACCCGAGCAUCUCUGGCAUCCAAACGCAGUUUCUAACCAGAACAGUCAUUUGACUCAUCGUUUAAGUGGUAUACAAUACCACAAGGCUUGUUUCCCGUCACAUCGACUGAUAUUGUAAAACUUUAAAUGCUCUUGUUAUGGCUAUCUGAAAGGUUCUUGCGGCAGUUAUAAGUGCUAAUUGAAGCUUGUAUGAAACAUUUUUGGUUGGGUUGACAUCUCUCGGAGUGAUCAGUUAUCGGGGAUUGUGAGCCUUCCAUGUCGGCGAUGUUGUUUUCCAUCUUAAUCGAUACCUGAGACCAAGGGUCAAGAGUUAAGAAUUUGCAUUUGCCGUGGAUCGUUUGAAGAUCAUUAAAACAGAUCAAACUUUUAUCACAUAUGACACGGAUUAUUAAAGAUGAGACGUUUAUUUUGACUAUCACAGUGGGAUAAAGUACAGCGCAUCAUCACCGCACCUUCAGGAUGUUCCGACGAGGCUGUGGUCUGGAGUUUCUCCUGGUGCUGUGUGGUUUAGAGUUGACCCAGACGUGUCCCCGUCACUGCAUCUGCUACGACUCUCCCAGCACGGUGAGCUGCCAGGCUCACAACUUCAUGGUGGUUCCAGAGGGAAUCCCGGCCCAGAGCGAGCGCGUCUUUCUGCAAAACAACAAGAUCCAGCGACUGCUGCAAGGCCAUUUCAGCCCCACCACCGUCAUGCUUUGGCUCUACUCCAACAACAUCUCGUACAUCCAGCCCUCCACAUUCAUGGGCUUCACCCGCCUGGAGGAGCUCGAUCUGGGGGACAACAAACAUCUCCGCUCUCUGGCUUCUGACACUUUUCAGGGCCUGACCCGACUUCAUGCUCUGCACCUCUACCACUGUGGCCUAAUCACUCUGCCCGCUGGCUUAUUCGAGGGGUUGCACAACCUGCAGUACCUCUAUUUACAGAACAACCAGCUGGAGUUUCUUGAGGAUGACAUGUUCAUUGAUCUUCUGAAUCUGAGCCAUUUAUUUCUGCAUGGAAAUCGGCUGUGGAGCCUGCACCAGAACACUUUCCGUGGCCUGGGGGCCCUCGAUCGCUUACUGCUCCAUCAAAACCGGCUCCAGUGGGUUCACAAACAGGCUUUCCACGACCUGCGGCGCCUCACGACUCUCUACCUGUUUAACAACUCCUUACCUGAACUUCCGGCCGAAAGCUUGUCUCAGCUCCCGGCGCUGGAGUACCUGCGACUCAACGACAACCCUUGGGAAUGCGACUGCAAGGCAGUGCCGCUCUGGGAUUGGCUGCGGCGCUUCCGUGGCUCCACCUCCUCGUUAAUAUGCGUGGCUCCGCCAGAGCUGGCGGGGAAGGAUCUUAAACGGUUGACGAAAGAAGAGCUGCCUUCCUGUACGGGCUCGGAGUCGCUCCACCAGAGCAAAUCCAGUCAAGGGGACGUGGGGGUGUCACUAAAGAAAGAUCACCAUCACCGAUCACGCAAUCAUCAUCAUCAUCAUCAUCAUCCUCACCUGCCACAUCAGGAUCAAUACUACCCCACCUCCCCGUCGCCGCUCCCUCGACCACCCAAGUCGGGACGCAACAGGAACUGCACGAGGCAUCGCAGCCGCAAAGGCAAUGGACAGAACGAGGUGUAUAACCUAAAGGAGCUGGCUAACAAGGAAUCAGACGACAAAUAUGACCCGUCAAAACCGAGGCGAAAGAACAAAUGCAUCCCACGGACUUCGGUGGGUCCCCCUAGUGGCGUGCAAAGAGCGAACAGCAGGGCGGCGUCCCUCUUGGCACCUUGUUUCAUCAUCCCUCUUUGCUUAUUGGUGUCUCUCACUGCCCUUAUUUUCCGCUGAGCCUCGUGGAAGCCUCUACUAAUGGUUUUACUGAACAAACUCGGCCCUCUGUCUACUCUGGCUCCUACACUUCAGUGUGCGAAUGUGUGUGUGUGUGUGUGUGUGUGCGUUUGUGUCAGUCAGUGAGCCCUUUUCGAGGGACAGAGGACUUGUGCGAAGUUGUGGGCCUGGAAUUAAACCGGAGAUGGGACGAAACUCUGGGAUUUGUAGGCGGGACACUAAAAUGGACUACUCCUCGAUCAUCACCAUUUCCUGUUGCUCCUAAUAGACCAGGGCAGCUUCGAUAAAUAAAAAAAAAAAAAACCCAACUGCAUUUGUUAACUACAUUUAGUUGUACAUCACACCUCUGCAGAAUAAUUAGCAGCUCAUUGUGAUCAAGCUCACCGCCAUUAAAACCUCCGAAUCCCUGUCCUAACCUUCGACCUGCUCAGGCUGCGGCCCAGCGGGAGGGAGGAGUGUGAACGAAAUACAUAAACCAACCAUUUACACAAAUGUACACAGGGGCUGCUUCGCUAACCCGUUAGCAUCUCAGCGGUUUCUGUGGGAGGGUUGUUGUUAACACCUUUAGCACCUGACAACAUAAAAAUGAAAGCCAAUCACACAAGAGAGUGAUUGGGUUAGUUAUGAGUUUUUUUUUUUUUACAUGUUAGAAAUAUAAUUGCAGUUGCAAUAUUCACACAUUGAAGUUGGUUCACAUAGCCCAAACAGGGUUGGAUCCAACAAAACCAAAAGUUGCUGUCGCAGUGUGAAUUAGAGCUCAGAUUCUACUGUUCUGAAGCUGCUAUGCUGGCGAGGUCAGUAAAAAAGAAAAAGUCAAGUUUAUAAAGCAUUAUGGGAUGGCUGUGGGUUUGUGUGUUGUUAUUCGUUGAUUGUGCCCUCAAGAUAGUAUUUUGCAUAAAAACCGGCAGGCAAAAGUUAUUAAGACAUGAAAAGGUCAAGUGGAGCUCAAAAAAGGCAUCAUGCGUUAUCUGUUGCUCAGCUGCAAUGUGCUAACCUUGAAGGGAAACAACACCAACACUACAUUAAUAUUGGCACACGGCACAGUUUAGGAAAAUGAAACAGGAAAUUUCACAAAGGGAGAAACACAGCUGUUCAGUCACAAAUGUCGAGGCUAACUUGGAAGGCUAAUUUACUAUAGGUUCCCUCAGGAAGUUCUUAAGGGUUUUUAGUGAUUUUUUUUUUUUUAAUUUAAAAGCACUAUGGAGAAAGAAAAACAUCUCAAACAGUUAGACUUUCUUGAUAUUAUAAAUAGCACUAGGAAGUUAAAGGCAGACAUUGUGCAUCUGCAUAUAUUAUAAGCUUUAUAGCCUACACAUCUGUCAUUAUUAUAAAAAAUAAAUAAGUCUCAAGUCUAAAUUUAUUUAUAGAGCCCAAUUAAAAACAACUACAGUUGACCAAUGUGCUGUACACUGUUCUAAAAGACUUAUAAAAACAUGUAUACAGACAUGAUUAUUGCUGUUGAAAAUGGAGUAAGUUUAUUUAAUAAAAUAAAAUAAAAUAAUAAAGAGUGUUUUCACAACACGUCAUCAAUCGGCCAUAUUGGCGGCACUAAAAUUUGAAUAAAAUAAAAUAAUAUAAAAUAGUGUUUUCAUGACUCAUCAACUGGUCAUAUUGGUGGCACCGAACAUAAACAAUGCCACUGAACUGAAUGAAACUCACAUAUUUUGGUGAUUAUUGCUGCUGAAAAUUGAAACAUUUAUUAGACCAUAUUUCCAAUCUGGGGCCAUAAGUGAAUGUGCAGGCAAGGUUCUGAAAAUAAUAAAAAAAAUAUAUAUAUGUAAAAAAUAAAGUGUUUUCACAACAUGUAAUCAAUCGGCCACACUGGCGGCACUGAACAUAAACAAUGCCACUGAACUGAAUGAAACUCAAAUAGUUUGCAGAUUAUUUCUGCUGAAAAUGAAGUAAUUUAUUAGACCAUAUUUCCAGUGUUGGGCCAUAAACCAAUGUGAAGGUAAACUUCUAAAAAUAAAACAAAACAGAACAAAACAAAAUAAAACAAAAUAAAAUAAAAAAAUAAAAUAAAAUGGUGUUUUCACAACAUGUCAUCAAUCAGCCACACUGGUGGCACUGAACAUAAACAACGCCACUGAACCAAAAGAAACCCACAUAUUUUGGUGAUUAUUGCUGCUGAAAAUUGAAAAAUUUAUUAGACCAUAUUUCCAGUCUGGGGCCAUAAGUGAAUGUGCAGGAAAAGGUUCUGAAAAUAGUAAUAAAAAAAUAAAAUAAAAUAAGUUUUUUCACAACAUGUCAUCAAUCGGCCACACAGGCGGCACUGAACAUACACAAUGCCACUGAACUGAAUGAAACUUUCUGAUAAAAAUUUCUGCUGAAAAUGGAGUAAUUUAUUAGACCAUAUUUCCAGUGUUGGGCCAUAAACAAAUGUGCAGGUAAACCUUUAAAAAUAAAACAAAAUAAAAUAAAGAGACUGAACGAAACUCACAUAUUUUACUGAUUAUUGCUGCUGAAAAUGGAGUAAUUUGUUUCCAAUCUGGGGUCAGUGUUCAGGCAAAAUUCUGAAAAUAAAAUAAAAUAAAAUAAAAUAAAAUAUUUUCACGAUGCAUCAUCAAUUCGGCCAUAUUGGCGGCACUGAACGUAAACAAUGUCACUAAACCGAAAGAAACUCGCAUAUUUUGCUGAUUAUUGCUGCUGAAAAUAGUCAAUUACUGCCAUGUUUUGGGCUGUAGUAAUUGGUCAGACUGAGAAAAGCAUUUGUAGUACUAUAGACUGCCUAAAGUUAAAACAAAUCAAGGUGAAAAGUGCAAAAAACUGAGGCACAAAAGGCGUUUGUGGUUGGUUAAAUUGAACCAGGAUUUCCAGGGCAAGACUCGUGACAACAUUCAUGUUUGUUCUUAUUUCCUGUCAGAUAGGUGAAAUAUUAGACUAAUAUCUUAAUGAAAACCGUCCAUAUCUUUACCACCUAUUAACUUAAGUUUGUCAAAAUAUUGCGCCCUUUUCUGCUUGUGGAAACUGAGCAAACUGUGGGUCAAACAACCUCUGUAAUCCUUACAUAGCCACUUAUUACACAAAUACGAAAAAUAAUGUUACACUACAGUCCUUAUAUUACUUAUGCGAGUAAUAUAAGUAAUAAUUCUUAAUGAGAAGCCAACUUCUAAAAACCCAUUAGAAACUCCAGAGGGAACCGACUACCCAAAAAUGCCAAUUCUCGUCCAGGUUUUUUUUUGGAGUACAAACUGAACAGCUCCAUACAGAAAGUCAACGCAAGUUCUGAGGUAAUAAUCCUUGCAAUCCAGAUUAAUCCUUGCAAGCCAUAGAAAAACUUAUCUGUCACUCACCGUCUCUGACCCCUGCUGCUGUUCAGCCAUCAAACACAUGUCUAUACUGGGAUCCUAAAGCUGAGAGAUAAAUCGUCAAUGGAAAAAGUCACAGAGCCCCCUUUUGGACAGGUGGGGUAACAGCACUUUCCUCACCUCUACCUUGUCCCUCCUCAAAGACUCUAUAUCUUUAUACAGAAGAGAACUGAGAAUAUUAUGACAUGUCCAGUGUGAACAUUUAUUUGUUUGAGAAUAUAUGUCACUUGUUGACAAAAGACUAUGUGUAUGACAUUGUCAGAGGAAGUUAUUUUAUAUUCAUGUUUUUUUUUUCUUUGUACAUUGUUGUCAAAAUGCAAUUUUGAACAUACGAGUGCACCAUACUAACACCUUCCUCGUAUCCCUCGGUCUGUCCUUCAUCUUUCUUCCUCCUAUUUUCAUGACUCAAACUUUCUGUCUGUUAUGAAACACCACCAGACUCAAAAGCUGUUUCUAAAGAACAUUAAAGAGAAAUGUGGUCUCA